AUGAACAAGGAGAAGACGGCGAGCAAAGGGGCCGAAAGAGGCCGCGGAAGCGAAGAAGACGAAACGAAGACAAAAGGGGCUGCCACCUCUGACGAAGCUACAGGCGGCAAGCAUCAUCACCACGGCGGGGAACAUGAUCAGCAUCAUGGAGCAGGCAAGGCUCAUCAUGAGCACAAAGAACAUGAACACAAAGAACGCGACGAGCACAAGAAGGAGCAGCAUCAACAUGGUGGCGGCCCGAAGCACCAGCACCAGCAUAAACAAGGUGAAAAUAAAGCGAGUGAUCAAAAAGCCACGGCUUCAUCCUCCACCCUGCAGACGGAGGACGCCUCCCACGGAACGAGUGUCGUCGCCACCGUUGCAGCUCCGGCUGCUCCCACUGCAGCUCCCGCGACCGCGUUUGGAGAGGAUUGGCUCGCGAUCGGGCGUAAAGAAAAAGCUGGAGAUUUAACAACUUCGAGUAGCCGAGUCUGGAUGUCGUUGCCCAUGUCCUCUACCUCAUCUCUGUCGAGAAAAGUAUCCUCUUCCUCGCCCACUUCGCACCAAAGCAGAAAGCUCUCCGUUACCGGGGAGCAGGACAAACAGGUGGGAGAUGAUGAAGAAGCGGUGGAGCAAGAAAGUUUUCUGCAAUUUGCCGAGAAGCUGACCAAAGAUUACCUGUUUGGGUCAACGACCUCGAAAGCUGGCAGAAAGACGAAUGUGGAGGAGCCCCUGUCUUUGACCGGCUUGCAACGAGUUGGAGUUGAGGAAGUAGAGACGAAACAUCGUCCGUCGACGUCCGUUUCCCCUACAACCGCAGAUGUUGGACUUGAAGAUGAAACAGCUGUGCAUGACGCGGAUACAAGUAGAACUCCGUCCGGACGAGAAGCAGGAAGCACAAUCACACUACUGCAGUCACGAAAUUUCGUGUUCUUGGCGGACUUCCUCGAUUUCGAAGUAGUACCUGUAUCCGCUUUUUUUCUGCUGCUCGUUGCGGUUUUUGGAACACGGGUGGUUUUGAGACGCUACCGACAGGGGCAGGUGGAGCUGGAGGCGGAAAGCUACGGCAUGAAAAACAGGCCAGCUGCGUCAAGAACACCAGGCGGCUCAUCUUCAAGCCGUGCUACUUGGUUCGGCACAUCGAAAACUGCACCUCACAACAGUGAAAGAACGCCGUCUACUAUUGUUUGCUCAGGCAGCCGCUCCUUCUUGGUGUCACCAGAAUCGGCGUCCGCCUCCCAAGAGUCGACUCAGUUACAACACUCAAACACAACUUCUAUUGGAGAAGAAUGCGGCAACAGAAGCAGCUGCAAGUGGGACAACCACAAGACCGCGAGCUUCUACACUUUCAAGCCCGGAGGUGAAGAAAGUGGCGCAGCUGCUCGGAGGAGCAGCUACCAGACCAGUGAUCCCCGGGCAGUGACUUCACAAAGACCAGAGAGCUGCACAACUCAUUCUCAUUCAUCUUCUACUUCAUCUCCGGCACCAAACCAAGCGCAUUCCCGUCGGCCAGCAAUGUUAACGUCAGACUACAUAGUUGACCUAGAACAGGGCCCGCGAACGCCGUCACCUGAAGUCUCUCCGGUGAAGGUAAUUGUGGACGAGGAUCAUGACGGGCGUUCACUAGUCAAGAGAUGUGACAAAGAUCAAGCCGAAGAUCUUUUUCCCGGCCCACCAAGAGGAGAACUGCACGUAGACGUAGAUAACAGGGAAGAGGAGAACAGCAGCGCAAGCACUUCUCAACGUGGCCAACGCAACAGUGUCGUCAACGAAGCACAUUUUUUCCGCUCUUUUGUACCUGGUCAUCCAGGAAUGCCACCAAAAGAUCGUGCGCGUGCCAGAGAAGGUGCAGCACGCAAUGCCGCGAGCGAUCUUGCGGGCGCGCAACAAGGACCGGAAUCCUGUAGAUGUGGACCUCAGGAGAAGCAGCUGGUCUCGAUCGAGCUUUCGUCGACGGGAAAUCUUGUCAGAGACAAAACUACUUCCGGACCGACGACACCAUUCGGAGAGCAUGAAGAGCACCAGUACGGAAAAGAGUUUCACUACAAUUUGGUGUGAAGCGGAAAAAAUCGAUGACAGCAGCCCAGAAGGUGUCGCAGAAUUUUUCAGAAGGUUGACGCACCAACAAGAAAAACAGUUUAUCACUCUUGACAAUUUACGUAUUCAACUUUCUCAGAGUCAAACACAAUUGUACGAUUAGACUUCAACUCAAUACCAGUCACUACACUAUCAGUCUACUGAAAGAAUGUUUUUACCUUAUGUUUCAGCUUCAAUUUUCAAAAUCUAAUUCUACAAAAGACGAAGAGCCUUCCGCGGCUCCUCCUGCAGAUCUUUAAUUAAGUUUCAACAGAAUUCAUCAAUAGUUCAACAGAGAAUAUUCAACAAUUUCAGAUCGAACGUUUAACACUCAGUUCAGUAAGGAUCAUCGAUCCCUGUUUCAGCGUUUCACGCCACACACUGUACCAACAGCAACACUGCGUAAAAAUAAUUGCGCCAUUUGAUGAUGAUCAAAAAGAAAAAAAGCACCAGCUCGCCCGUAGGAAAAAACUACUUUACCGCUGUACAAAUAGAGCUAUCGAAAAAAAAGCAAAGCGCUUGCCGUCGUAUACUAUACCGAGUACGAUCUACUACCCUGGAGGACAUUUUGAUUUUGAUUUGUACAUUAAUGCGUGCCUUGCCGAGAUGUCGCGAAUGGUCUGUACGUGUAAACUUUUGUACAAAUGAGAUAGACGGAUAAGAUAAAUUCUCAGCGAGCUGAGUACUUGGGUCUCCGCGGAGGAAAUAACUUCUUGCCCGCUUCAGUUCCUGGUAACAAGACGGAGAUCUCCUGGACGCAGUUGCUAUUGUUCAG